AUGGACGGAUCUCCUUACCCAUCCAAUGGUAUAAACACGAACUCGGCGCCUCAGACGUACCCAUCACCGACGGCCGCAUCCCCGAACCAGCUCGGCUCCCCGACUCCCCAGACGCUGCCUCCGCUGCAGCCUCCGACCUCUGCGAUGCAGCCCAUGUACAACAGCCACCCGCACACGCCGCGAACCCCCGGGACGCCCAACACGCCCAACUCGACGGGCAACGUGACGAGCUACCAGAACACGUCGCAGCCCUCGUCCCGGCCGGGCAUGUACUCGAUGGCCCAGAACCCGUACCCGCCGCAUCAAGGCUACGGCACCACGUCGGCCAUGAUGCCGCAGGCCACCACGGCUGCCUCGCACCCGCACCAGCACCCGCAGCCCAUCGCCCCGGCGCCGGCCCCCCCCGGCGGCCGCGGUCCUCCUGUCCUGCGCCCGAUGCCCCCGGGUGGCAUCAUCCCCCAGCCCGGCAUGAACUCGCCCUACGGCCCCGGGCCGCUCAUGCAGCCGAACCAGCCCAUCCAGGACGGCGAGCAGCCGACGCACGUCGUCGGCUCUCAGGGUCGCCGGGGCAUCCUCCCCAGCGCCCCCGGAAGGCCCGCCGCUCCCGCCGCCGGCACCGGCGCCGCCAAGAGCACCGUCAUCCCCGUCAAGGAUGCCGAUGGCAAGUUUCCCUGCCCUCACUGCACCAAGACGUACCUGCACGCCAAGCACCUGAAGCGUCACCUCCUCCGACACACUGGCGACCGCCCCUACAUGUGCGUGCUUUGCCGUGACACGUUCUCGCGCAGUGACAUCUUGAAGCGUCACUUCCAGAAGUGCUCCAUCCGCCGUGGCAACCCCACCGGAGCCAGCCACCUGUCCCACCCUCAAGCCCACGUGAAGAAGAACGCGCAGGCCCAGAAGGCGGCCGGCCUAGGCAACGAGGGCGACCUGAACCAUCUCAACGGCCUCAACAACAUGCCCCCCGCCGACGGCAUGGUGCAUCCGUUCGGCAUGGUUCCCGUGUCGGAUGGCAUGAACAGCAUGGCGGGCGACCAGAGCCACCUCUCGCGCUCCAACAGCAUGCAGAGGCUCGAGAACGGCGCGGCCCAGGACAGGAGAAGCAUGCCCGGCAUGGGAAACUCGCAACCCUACGGCAACGACGGCAUAAGCAACCAGCAGAUGCCCCAGUACAGCAUGCCUCCGGGUCAGAAUGGCAUGCCCAUGUAUGGUGGUUCGAACCCCAAUCAACAAUCUGGCCUCGAUUGGUCUCAGAUGUUCCAGGCUGGUGCGCAUCAAACCCUCAACGAUCAUCCAUUUCCUCCCCCUAAUCGUGGACAGACGCAGAUCGGAACCAAAACCGGGCCUAACGUAGCCGCGGAGCCGACGGCUCGCCGCCCCAGCGAUUCCGUCGUCUACUCCGAGUGGGGCAUACCGUCGAACAUUGAAAAUCCCUACGUCCAACUUUCCGACCAGAUCCUCAACUUCUUCUACCCUCCUACUAAUGAGGCGAUUGACCCCUUCCUGACGGGCAUGAACCUGCACUUUUCUCCCGACAACGUUCGCGAUUUCAUUUGUCAGUACCAAAACUUCCAUCGACACGCGCCCCUCCUCCACUCGCCCUCGUUCCGCAUCAUGGAGGCGCACCCUGGCCUGGCCACGUCUCUCUGCUGCAUCGGUGCCUGCUAUUCGGAUCGGGUCGAGCAGUCGGUCGUGCGGGACAUGAUGGACUCUCUCUGGACGGCCAUGGAGCGAGAUUGUUGCGCCGCGUCGACCACGAGCGUGGAAGACGCCGGCGUGCCCUCUCGCACAUCCAGGUCGGGCAUGGAGAGGCUUCAGGCCUUGCUGCUCAUCAACGUCCUUCACGUCUGGAACGGCACUCGGCAACAGCGGGAACGGGCUCGGCAAAUGUUCCCCCAGAUCGCAUCGCAGUGUCGAAGCCUCGGCCUGAUGCAUACACCCGUGGCCCUCAACGUCGAAGCGCGAGCCGAUCAUUGGAUGUCCUGGGUGGAGCGGGAGCUGCGCGUGCGCCUCAUGCAUGCCGUUUUCAUGUGCGACACGAUGUGGACUCUAUUCUGCAACAUGCCACCGCAGCUUGAUCCUUUCGACAUGGCCCUUCCGCUACCCUGCGCCGAGCCGGCCUGGGACGCGCGGGGUGCCUUCGACUGGGUUGCGGUGGUUCAGAAUGCGGGAGGGAGCCCGACGGCAAGCGGCGUGCUCGAGCAACCGGAAACCAACCUGGCGCUGCGAACGCUGCUCCAUCCGACGUACCGAAUCAUCGGAGGCAGGAUGGGCACGAGCGGGAUAUUAGUCCUCGUCAAUUCCAUCAUCUCCUUGAUCUGGCGCGCCCGGCGAGACGCCUGCGUCGACCUCUCCAUGCAUGACGCCCUCCCGCGCCGCGAUUGGAUCGUUUCGCACGCCAGCAGCAUCAAGACGGAAACCGGCGACGGCGGCCAUCGUUUGGAUCCCCGGUGUUACACCGCUUUGAGUGACGCUCUGGACAAGGUCAGGGGGAUCUCGGACGAGGAUGCGACGUCAAUCACAAGUUGUGCGCCGGGGUCUGUCAUGUCGUCUCACGUCGACGAGGCGUUUUCCAUGGCGAGGCGCCUCCUGCGGGCGACGGAGCCCGACGACGCAUGGCUGACGGAGGAAGCCUGUUUCACGCACGUUCUGCGGCUUUUCGGCGGUGCCAAGGCACGGGCAACGGACGAUGAAGUAUCAAAAGCAAAGGAUCUAGGGGCGAUGGUUGAUGCCAACGAAGCGCGACACGGCAUCGAGGAGGAGUUGGUGCUACACCUGACGGAUUUUUUCGACGCUGUCUCAUGA